AUGACCACCACUACAGUGCGCCCGGCGACGUCGUCGUUGCGCUCGCGCCUCAUGAACAUGUCUACCCCACUCGGCUCACAGCCAACCAAGGUUGACCCAAGCAGCCCUUUCCCGGUAGAUGGCAAGGUUGGCGCGCAACACCCUGUCUCGUACUUCACCGUUGCGCUCACCCAGCCAGCUCUCGUUGUCAUCCGUAUGAAGGAGGGCAAUACGGCCAGCCGCUGUGCGCUUUUUUUGAGUUGCUUCUACCCCAAGCCAGACGCGAACAACGCGGCGUGGCGCCUCAUCUCUCCUGAGCCAGUUAAGCAGAUCGUCCUGCACCCUGCCGACCCUGCCUACCGCGUUGACAUGCUUCACAUCGCUGUCCACUACCUCGAACAAAGCGGGAAGUCGAACUUCCAGCUGCAGGUGAGGGUGCAGUCAGAAUUCUUCGCGAUGUGGCUGCGAACCGGCGAGGGGACGCGGGCUGCUACCGGCGCUGCAGUGGCGGAUCACAUGACCGCAGUCAAAACACUUCCCUCUCUGGGCGCGCCAGCCUCUGGCAAGUGGGCGGCGGCCGAUGAAGUCGGUAUGCCUGCAGUGCCGACGUUGCACGCGAUGCUGGCUGCCGCGGCAGCGCGGCUGUCGGGCAGCGCUGCAAACUUGGCUGGUGCGCCGUUCACUUCCCUCUACGUGGGCGACUGGCGCGGCGACCAGCGGGACGGGUUGGGCUUUCAGUACUACGCCGCACCCGAAGAGAUGCUGUCGCAGACAACGCUAACCAAGAGCGAUGCGAAGAACUUCGAACAUAGCGUCGCCGGUCGCACCGACAGCAGUGACUGGGACGCCAUCUGCACCUCCACUUCGCCGCAAGCGGCCCCAAGGAGUGGUUUGGAUGCAGCGCAGCCUCUGAUGCUGCUUCGUGCCUUCAGUGAGCGGUACAACUUGCCGUGGUCUGCGUGGAGCAUUCCCGACACGCUUACUCCGGAAGAUCUGGCGCGGCUGGACUUUGGCUUCUGCUUUCAUUCCACCUCUCGUACGAGAGGCGGCGCAGCCGAGACUGGUUCGACGUCAGACCAGGCGACUGUGCCAGGCAAAGGUGCAGCACCUCCUAGCCCGACGGGCGACUCCUCGCUUGCCGGGACCGUGGCGGUGCCGCCAACGCCGCCGGUCGCACCUUGCACCACCGCAGCUGAGGGGAUGGCGGCUCUUGGCGGUGCCAUCGGCGCUUUCCUUGUGGGUGAGAUCAGGAGUAAUGAGGCGGAUGCCUGGAAGGUGCUGCCGGUGCAGCCUGGCGUGGAGGUGUACGCAGGCGAGUGGGUGGCGAACCAGGAGGAGGGCAGGGGCGUCUACCAGUGGCUCGACCGCUCCUACGUCGGGGAGUGGGUGUGUGGACGCCGCGAAGGGUACGGUUUUCUUCGCCGGCAAGACGGGGGGUGGUACCGUGGGCAGUGGGAGCGGCACGUCCCGCACGGCCGCGGCGAGGCACGCCUCACACCGGAAGGCCUCUUGUAUAAGGGAGAGUGGCGAGACGGUCGACGCCACGGCUCGGGUGCUCUUACGUACCCGAACGGCAUGACGGUGCAUGGGAUGUGGAUCGGCGACGCGCUGCAGCCACGCGUUCGCGUCGUGUAUGAGGACGGGAGCACAUACGAUGGCUUGUGGGAUCCGGAGGAGGCGUGCCGCCAUGGGCAGGGCACGUGGACGGACACGCAGGGGUGCAAGCACACGCACGAGUGGCUGCACGGCAUCCGCGUCGGUGUUGGUCAGGAGGUUUACCCGAACGGUGUCGUGCUGGAUGGCGUCUGGCGUGCUGGCGAGCUCGUCGAUGGCACCUAUGUGUUCCCGAACGGGGACCGGCACGUCGGUUCCUUGGAUGCGGUACUGCACGUCCGCGAGGGAGCCGGCACCACAGUUUCGGCAGACGGCGCCUCCGUCUACACAGGCGCAUGGCACCAGGACAGGCGCAGCGGGUACGGCGUGCAAACUGUGCAGAGGCCGCCUGUGGCGUGCAAGUCGGGCGAACGCGCCGCGAGGCCAAGUGUGGAGCGGUACGAAGGAGAGUGGCUCGAGGACUUGCGCAGUGGACAGGGCCGACUCACAGACUGCGACGGCAUCUACGAAGGCGAAUUCGCGCUCGACUACCGCGACGGCAACGGCGUGCAGCGCAACACGCGCACCGGGUCCUUCUACGAGGGCAGCUGGAAGGCGAAUCGUCGCUGCGGCGCUGGCAUCUACUACAGUGCCACGCGGGGCAUCACGUACGAGGGCAUUUUCAUGCACGACCGCUUGACGAGCAUUGGGACGGCGACGAACACCUCCUUAGCGGAGCAGUACACCGGCAGCUGGCUGGACGGACUUCGGCAAGGGCACGGGUCACUGCGACUUGCAAACGGGGACGUGCUGCGCGGCGUGUGGCACCGCGGUGCCCCUGAUGCCACUGCCACGGUAGAGUACAUUGAUGCAGACACGUCAGCGGAUGACCCGCGCCGCGCAGUGGCGGCCGUGUCACGGUACGUGGGAGGGUGGCAGGGCGGGGCGCGUGAGGGUACGGGCACGCAGGUUUUCCGCGACGGCAGCGUGUACGAGGGCACGUGGCACGCGAACAAACAGUGCGGUUGCGGCCGCCUCACCACCGCGUCUGGCGAGUCGGUGGAAUGUGAGUGGCGAGACGGGUGCAUUGUUGACGGCUGCAUCGGCGAUGCCCACUUUGCCGACGGAAGCGUCUACCACGGCCACGUGAACGUCGCCGGUGUGCCGCACGGAGUCGGUGUGCUGACGUACCCAGAUGGUACCGUCUUUGACGGACAGUUUCUCAAUGGGAUUUAUCAGCUUUGA